CCGCCAUAUAAACCAAAACCCUAAAACCCAUCUCCCCCUCUCUCGUUUCUCCCCGUCCGUCCCCGAAGGACGACCGCCGCCGCCGCCAUGCCGAAGCACUAUCGCCCUGCGGGCAAGAAGAAGGAGGGGAACGCCGCCAAGUACAUCACCAGGACCAAGGCGGUCAGCUACCUGCAGAUUUCCCUCGCGGUCUUCAGGAAACUAUGCAUACUCAAGGGUGUGUUCCCCCGGGAGCCGAAGAAGAAGGUGGAAGGGAACCACAAGACCUACUACCACAUGAAGGACAUAGCCUUUCUGCUCCAUGACCCUCUGAUUGAGAAGUUCAGGGAAAUGAGGGUUCACAGAAAGAAAGUUAAGAAGGCUUUUGCUAAGAAAAACAAGGAUCUUGCAGACAGAUUGUUGAAUCGUCCACCAUCUUACAAACUCGAUAGGCUUAUCAUUGAAAGAUAUCCAACUUUUAUUGAUGCCCUUAGAGACCUGGAUGAUUGCCUAACGAUGGUGCAUUUGUUUGCGGCGUUACCUGCUGUUGAAGGUGAACGUGUGCAAGUACAACGAAUUCAUAAUUGCCGCAGGUUAAGCCAUGAAUGGCAGGCAUAUAUUUCUCGAACUAAUUCCCUGCGAAAGACAUUUAUAUCUGUCAAGGGCAUAUACUACCAGGCUGAAGUUCAAGGGCAAAAGAUCACCUGGCUAACUCCACAUGCUCUUCAGCAAGUUUUAACGGAUGACGUCGACUUCAAUGUGAUGCUCACCUUCUUGGAAUUCUAUGAAACUCUUCUAGGCUUUAUCAACUUCAAGCUUUACCAUUCAAUAAAUGUAAACUACCCUCCUAUUCUGGAUCCUCGUCUUGAAGCUUUAUCUGCUGAGCUCUAUGCGCUGUCCCGAUAUAUGUCUACUGGAAGACUGCCAGGAAAUCCAGACUCUAAUGGGUCAACUGAGGAUAAAGAGACUGAGAAUAACGAAGAGAACUCAAAAACUGAUGAAUCUGAACUCAGAUUGGCACAGCUUCAACAUCAACUCCCAGCUAAUGAACCUGGUGCACUAAUGCAUCUUGUAGAAGAAUCAGUUGCUGAUGAUAUAGAGGAUGGUCCUGCUAAAGAUUCUAGGAAUUUAUUCAGAGGCUUGAAAUUUUAUUUAAGUCGCGAGGUGCCUAGGGAGUCCCUCUUAUUUAUUAUUCCAGCAUUUGGAGGAACUGUUUCUUGGGAAGGACAAGGAGCUCCGUUUGAGGAAACAGAUGAAGAGAUCACCCAUCAGAUUGUUGACAGGCCGACUCAGAGCCAUGUUUUCCUCUCCAGGGAGUAUGUUCAACCACAGUGGAUUUUCGAUUGUGUAAAUGCUCUCCUUAUACUGCCAACAGAAGGUUAUAUUGUCGGAAGGGUCCCUCCACCACAUUUAUCUCCUUUUGUGGACAAUGAUGAAGAGGGUUAUGUUCCUGAGUAUGCAGAGACCAUUAAGAGGCUGCAAGAUGCUGCUAAGAGCAAGGUGUUGCCUCUGCCUGGUCUAGGUGAUGAAGUUCAGGAGAAUUCGAUGGUAGACACAAGAUCCGAGUAUAACGAAGUGGCUGAAAAGAAGAGGAAGUUGGACAUGCUAGAGAAGCAAUACCAUGAAGAGUUGAAGAUGGAAAUUGAGGGAAACACCUUCUCUAAUAUAUCAAAUAAGAAGGCUGAUAUUCCAGCCGAUGUGGAAGGAGAUGAAUCCGAGGAAGCUAAGGAGGAUGAUCCUAUUAAACAAGCUGCAGAUGAUGCUGAAGAAAUUUCAAAGUCUCUCAUGUCCAACAGGAAGAGAGGCCUCCUCAAAGCAAUGGAGAUUGGCAAGGAAAGGAAAAAGAGCAAGAUCGAGACCCUGAAGCAAAGGAAAAAGAAGGCCGAAUCCAGUGCUUCUGCUAAGAAACGUAGUAGCUGAUGCACGAGAUUGAUAAUGUGGCAUGUUGUAUCUGUUUCCGAACGCUUUUACCAGUCCUGGCGUAGCACUGCAUUCGUAGAGUUGCUGCCGUGAUCAGCACAUCUGCAUGCGUGAUAAGUAGCCACUUCUUUGGUCCUUGUGGUGUUUGCUGUCGACUAAAUGUACUGAGAUACUUAAAUGGGAAAUUUUGAUCUAUUUUAUGGCACCAUUGUUGUGCGCACCUAGUA